GUGAAUUUGUGUUUUGAUCAAUUUGUAUACAAGCUGGCAGAUCAGAUCUUUGCCUAUUAUAAAGCCAUGGCUGGCAGUGUUCUAUUGGAUAAACGUUUCCGGGCUGAAUGUAAGAAUUAUGGAGUGAUCAUUCCAUAUCCGCCAUCCAACCGCUAUGAGACGCUACUCAAGCAGAGGCACGUCCAGUUGCUAGGUAGAUCAAUUGACCUGAAUAGGCUUAUAACUCAGCGUAUCUCAGCCGCAAUGUACAAAUCAUUAGACCAAGCCAUUAGCCGCUUUGAGAGUGAGGACCUAACAUCUAUAGUGGAGCUGGAGUGGCUCUUGGAAAUAAACCGCCUGACUCACAGGUUGCUCUGCAAGCACAUGACUUUGGACAGCUUCGAUGCCAUGUUCCGAGAGGCCAACCACAACGUCUCCGCGCCCUACGGGCGCAUCACUCUCCAUGUCUUCUGGGAGCUCAACUUUGACUUUCUACCAAACUACUGCUACAAUGGAUCCACCAACAGGUUUGUAAGGACUGCAAUCCCAUUCACACAGGAGCCCCAGCGGGACAAGCCAGCCAACGUUCAGCCCUAUUACCUCUACGGAUCCAAGCCUCUCAAUAUUGCCUACAGUCACAUCUACAGCUCCUACCGCAACUUUGUUGGGCCACCUCAUUUCAAGACAAUCUGCAGACUUCUUGGCUAUCAAGGGAUUGCGGUGGUCAUGGAAGAGCUGUUGAAGAUCGUCAAGAGCCUGUUACAAGGCACGAUCCUGCAAUAUGUGAAAACAUUGAUAGAAGUAAUGCCCAAGAUAUGCCGCUUGCCAAGACAUGAAUAUGGUUCUCCAGGAAUCCUGGAGUUUUUCCAUCAUCAGCUGAAGGACAUCAUUGAGUAUGCAGAGCUGAAGACCGAUGUGUUCCAGAGCCUUAGAGAAGUGGGCAAUGCCAUUCUCUUCUGCCUCCUUAUCGAGCAGGCUUUGUCCCAGGAAGAAGUUUGUGAUUUGCUGCAUGCUGCUCCUUUCCAAAAUAUUUUGCCCAGGGUCUACAUCAAAGAAGGAGAACGCUUGGAGGUGCGCAUGAAGCGUCUCGAAGCCAAGUAUGCCCCACUCCACCUGGUUCCCUUAAUAGAGAGGCUGGGCACUCCGCAGCAAAUAGCCAUUGCCCGGGAGGGUGACUUGCUGACCAAGGAGCGGUUAUGCUGUGGGUUGUCCAUGUUCGAGGUCAUCCUGACGCGCAUUAGGAGCUACCUGCAGGACCCAAUCUGGCGUGGGCCACCCCCUACAAACGGGGUCAUGCACGUGGACGAGUGCGUGGAGUUUCACCGGCUCUGGAGUGCCAUGCAGUUUGUGUACUGCAUCCCCGUGGGCACGAACGAGUUCACUGCAGAGCAGUGCUUUGGAGAUGGUCUGAAUUGGGCAGGUUGCUCUAUCAUUGUUCUCCUUGGACAGCAACGUCGCUUUGACCUCUUUGACUUCUGCUACCACUUGCUGAAGGUGCAAAGGCAGGAUGGGAAGGAUGAAAUCAUAAAAAAUGUGCCCUUGAAGAAGAUGGCUGACAGGAUCAGGAAGUAUCAGAUCUUGAACAACGAGAUUUUUGCCAUCCUGAACAAGUACAUGAAGUCAGUGGAAACAGACAGUUCCACAGUGGAGCAUGUGCGCUGCUUCCAGCCCCCAAUCCACCAGUCCCUGGCCACCACUUGCUAGUGUGGACACUACCCCUUUUGGGUUGAGAAGUGAGAAGAGACUGAACCCAGAAUGACUGCGAGGAAUCAACUCGACAGUGUAGGAUCUGGCAACAAAUAAGACUAGGUAUACCUAAUACACAAGAGGACACAUCUUCUUAUAUGGCCCUAUCUGAGUGCAUGUUCUUCUGAAACAUCCCUGUGACUGGUUUUCCUUGUA